AUGCUGGCACGUGGUCUCAUCAGGCGCUCCUUCGCCGCGCGGAGCGCGCACACGAUCGCGGUCCUCCCGGGCGAUGGGAUCGGCCCCGAGGUGAUGGAUGAGGCCGUCAAGGUGCUCGACAAGGCGGCCGGAAAAUUCGGCCUCUCGCUCGACCUGCAGCCCGCGCUCAUCGGCGGCGCGGCUUAUGAUGCGCACGGGGAGCACUUCCCCGAGUCGACGCGCGAGCUGUGCGCGCGCUCGGCCGCCAUCCUCUACGGCUCGGUCGGCGGCCCGGUCGCUGAGCAGCACCUGCCAAAGUGGGCGGACGCCGAGAAGAAUUCGAUCCUCGGCAUGCGGCGCGCCUUUGACCUGGCGGUCAACCUGCGGCCCGCGGCGAUCUUCCCCUCGAUCGCGCACGCGUGCCCGCUGCGGCCCGAGAUCGUCGCCGAGGGCGUCGACCUCCUCAUCGUCCGCGAGCUGCUCGGAGGCAUCUAA